CUCUAAGCCAGCAUUGACCAACCCCAUAAAGGCUGCAUAUUUAUAUAUUUAUACACACACACACAUCACAAGCUUUUGCCAGAAGCCUAAGUAAGCCUUUAAUAGAUAUUAGAGAAUGGUUCUCAAAAAGUUCACUUGGAAAUCAAUACUCCUAGGAUGUCUCAGAGCUGAGAGAUCACGCCCGGAGCCAAAACAAACAUGUUCUCAGAGGCUAUCCCUUUCAGACUUGAGCAAUCCUGUUUCACCAAUUUCAUUCAGCGACCUAUCCAUUUCUAUUUUUAACCUUCAUGUCUUCACACUGAAAGAGCUACAGACAGUAACGAAUGAGUUCUCAAAGAGCAAUUAUCUUGGGGAAGGUGGAUUCGGGGCUGUGUACAAAGGAUUCAUUGACGACAAGCUUAGGCCAGGAUUAAAGGCUCAGCCUGUGGCUGUGAAGGUGCUGGAUUUGGAUGGCUCUCAAGGACAUCGAGAGUGGCUGGCCGAGAUCAUCUUUCUUGGGCAAUUAAAGCACCGCCAUCUUGUGAACCUGAUCGGUUACUGCUGCGAGGAAGAGCAUCGGCUUCUGGUGUAUGAAUACAUAGAGCGAGGCAACCUAGAGGACAAACUAUUCAACAGAUACUCUGCAGCCUUGCCUUGGUUAACAAGACUAAAAAUUGCUGUUGGAACGGCGAAAGGCCUUGCCUUCCUCCACGAAGAAGAAAAGCCAGUCAUAUAUCGUGAUUUUAAGGCUUCAAAUGUCUUACUAGACUCGGAUUAUAAUGCAAAGCUUUCAGAUUUUGGCCUGGCAAUGGAUGGUCCAGAAGGAGAUGAUACCCACGUUACAACGCCUGUUAUGGGCACUGAAGGCUAUGCCGCUCCGGAAUACAUAAUGACUGGCCAUUUGACAACCAUGAGCGAUGUGUUCAGCUUCGGAGUGGUACUUUUAGAGCUUCUAACUGGUCGACGAUCUGUGGACAAGAACCGUCCGAACAGAGAGCAGAACCUAGUAAAGUGGGCAAGACCUCAAUUGAAGGAUCCCCGUAAACUAUGCCAAAUAAUGGACCCGAGACUUGAAGGCCAGUAUUCGACUGAGGGUGCGAGAAAGGCAGCAGCAUUGGCUUACCAGUGUUUGAGUCACCAUCCCAAGUCUAGACCAACUAUGAGAACUGUUGUCAAGACCUUGGAGCCUCUACUUGCCUUAACUGACAUUCCCAUUGGACCCUUUGUGUAUAUUGUUCCAAAUGAAGGCAAAAUGCUAAGUGAUCUAGAAAAGAAGGGAAAAGAAAGUACAGAUGAAUGUGAUGAGAUUAGAAACGGUAAUACAUGCGAAGGAAAGCAGGUGGAGAUUAAAGAGAAGGGCUGCGAUCGCCACCGCAAAGGCCAUCGGCACAGACGGAGGACUAAGUCACUGAGGUCUAGAGCUGUCUAUUCUGAUACAGCUUUGUAUAAAACCAGAGGAACUGGUUUGUACUCUCCCAGAAACUAGAGGGAAUUUGCAAAUAGGCAUAGAUCAGCUUUACCGAUAAGCAUACUGUACAUUUACAUUACCUUGCUGUUCUUUUCCUUCAUUUUUUUUUUUUUUAAUUUUGGAAGUUUCCAUGAGGGAAUAGUUUGAUUUGUGGCCUCUGGAAAUGUUGUACUCUGCUAUAAUUACAGGAUACACACCAUAAAUGGUCAAGCCAGAAUUUUGCCUACUUUGAAUUUAGGCAAGCAGUCUGUUCAUACACUA